AUGUCUUUCGAAACCGUAAUGCCCCCCUUCAACUCGACCGACCCCAACGCCUCCUUCCUGAGCUCUUCCGCCUACGACUUUCUCCUCAUUGAGCUCGUUCCCCUCGCAUACCGCGUCACGCAGGAGCUCGACAGCGCCGCCACUGCAAACAGCGGCUCUCCAGACCCCGCACCAGCUUCGGCCGACACGGCUUCGGUCAGCCAGCGCGCGGCGUCGAGCGUGACGGGCGGCGGCGGCGGCACGGCGGCGAGCGCAGGCCAGAAGAUGGACGAGGAUGAGGAGAAGGAUGCCGUUUUCUACAGGUUAGAGAAGCUGGGAUACCGUGUCGGCCAAGGGCUCGUGGAACGCUUUUCGCGCGACAGGCCACGAUUCAACGACACGCUCGACGUCAUCAAGUUCCUCUGCAAAGACUUGUGGUCACUCGUCUUCAGGAAACAAGUGGAUAACCUCAAGACAAAUCACAGGGGUGUCUACGUUUUGACGGACAACAACUUCAGGCCGUUUGCAAGGAUGAGCACCGAAGUGGGAGGGCAGGCAGUCUUGCGAGCACAGCCGUUCUUAUGGUUCCCUUGUGGCAUCUUGCGUGGAGCGCUGGCUGCUUUGGGCGUGGAUGCGACUGUUCAGGCCGAAACGAACGAGCUCCCCGCCGCCGUCUUUCAGAUUAAAACGCUUGCUCCGAAAACGUAG